AUGGCGAAGGUGGAGAAGCUUCUAAAGCGUCUAAAGUUUGCUGAAGAUGAAGGCAAUCACUACGAGAGCCAUCAAAUUGCUAGAACUAUAUAUUAUAGAUGGCUGGAGCUGAAGGAACACGAGAAAUUGGCCGAUUUCUUGUUUGAGAAAGCUGUAAAAUUCCAAAAAGGUAUAUAAUUUCCUUGUUUAAUAUCUAUUUACAUCUUUUAGAGCUUCUUGAAGGUUUAUUUUAGUCUUUUUAUAUUAGUUUUAAAGCAUACUGUUUUAGCUGGUCAAUCAGCUAUUGCUCUGGAUUUGGCUGAGCUAUAUGCCGGAACAUUGAGCGAAUGGGGAUGUUCGGUAGAUGAAAAGAGAGUUGAACAAAUUGCUGAGGUUUGAUGCUAUUUUUUAUUUUGUGUUUUUAGGGUAUUGUUUAUAGCAAACGUCAAAAAUGAGGGGCUUAUCUGUUCUUUUUGUUAUAACUUCUUUAGAACGGCAGCAAGAGGCUUAAACUUUAUUUUUCUAGCUGCUCAACUCGAUUCCGGACGAGUUAGAUACAGAAUCAGGGAACAAGGACCGUCGUGCUGAUCUAUUCACGAAGUUUAUCGACUGGUCUUGUAAACAUGCGGAUUCGUCGCAAAUUAUUCAAAAGUUUGGGCAUCCGAAGAUCCACGAGGUCAUUGCUGAAUCUUCACAGAACGUGGGACGAUAUGACGUUGCGAAACAGCACUUUGUGGUUUCUAUAUCGCCAGAAAAAUUGGCAAAAGCUGUAAAAGUUAUCAUAGACAAUACUGAUGAGGGAAGCGAAUCAUUGCCUUCGGAUUUCUUUAUCACAGCGACAGCGUUACAGGUAAAUUGAUGUUUCAAUUGUUUUGUUUUGUUUUUAGGCAUGGUUUUUGCUUGUAAAAUACGGAAGGCGUAUCAAUAACUGCAAGGUUUAUUAAACAUUAUUUUACAAUUGUUAGGUUAGGCUUUGCAUAAAUCUGACUAAAACUCUAAGUAUUUAUUAUUAUAUCUAGGUAGCAGUUACGGGACGAAUUGGAGUGGCAACAAAAUUUUUGUUAGAAGUUGUUUCCGAAUAUAAGAAUUACAAUGAUCAUCCUCCCUUCAGGUCGGCUGCUUUGAACUUUUGUUGGUUAUGUUUGAUUACUCUGCAUUUGAGAAGUGUGAGUUUGGCAAAUGUCUAUUUUUACUUUGUUAAUAAUAUUUUAAAUAUUAUUAUUAGGCUGUUUUUUGAUUUUUUACAUUAUAUGUUACAGUAAAGUCAUGGUAACAUAGUUAUCAAGGUACUAUGUGAAAUUUUAUGAAAAGUUUAUCUACAUGGUAAUUAAGGACUUAAAAAUCUUAGUUUAGGUAGAGACUUUUACACAAACAGUAGAAGCGUAUCAUCCGACGCUUCAUCAAAGCCAAAUCAUUAUGGGUUUGGUAGACAAGAUUGGCCAUAGAUUCUUUGGACUACAGCCUAAAAAUAGAAACGAAAUGGGUGGAGGUUUAUUUGGAAAUUUGUUGAAAGGUAUGUAUUGUUGUUUUUGAAGCUUUUUGGCCAUAAAUGUUAGCUUUGUUACCUAAAGUUUUAAAAUUUUAGUUUUUCAUUUUUUUGAAAAUAUUUUAGGUAAUUUAAAGCGGUUUAUGUGAUGUUUUUACGUAUAAACAGGCCUAUUAACACUAUUUAAAAGCUUAUAUUUAUAUAAAAAACGACAUAUUAGUUAACUUAUCUACUUUAACUUGCUUUAUCUUCCAGGUUUGGUAUCAAAGAAACCGGAAUCAGAGACCGAAAACCAGUCGAUUUCAUUGGACUUUGGAGAUGAUCCUUUAAUCACAACAUACAACUUCAAUCUAGACCAAUUUCACGCCGCAUUCCAAGCUGCUGAAGCCUUGAAUCCACCUCAGUCAAUGCAAGAUCCAGAGUUUUCUGAUGCGAUGGAGGAGCAGCCGGAGCCUCCACCACCGGCUUCUGAUGCUCAAGGUGAUAUGGAUCUGGACUAA